GGCCGGUGCCGGCGGGGAGCGGGGAGAUGGCGGCCCCGGUGCCGGUUGACGGCCCACGGCUCCCCGGCUGUUAAAUAACCACAGCGGCCGCAGCGGGCGGGAGGAGGAGGAUGAGCGGCCGCAGGAGCCGGCGGAACAGUUUAACGGCGGCGGGUAACGGCUCAAGCGGGGGCCGGCGGGGCGGCGCAGAAAUCGAAUCAAAGAAGAAGCAGAAGCAGCUGGUCAUUCACCAGGCUGUGAACGCCGACCCCGUGGACGUGAAGACCCUGCGGCAGUGCGCAGUUAGUGAGGGCGGGCUGCUGAGUGAUGAGAUCCGCAGGAAGGUCUGGCCCAAGCUGCUCAACGUCAACGUUUACACCCUGCCUUCAAAACCGGGUAAGGGUAUAAGGGAAGGCCACAAAGACUAUAGCCAGGUCGUCAUGGAUGUACAGCGGUCACUGCGCAGGUUUCCUUCUGGGAUGCGGGCUGAUCAGCGAGCAGUCCUACAAGAGCAGCUGAUUAAUGUCAUCCUUUACGUUUUGCAAAGGAACAAGCAGCUUCAUUAUUAUCAAGGCUUCCACGAUAUCGUUGUGACCAUCCUCCUGAUGGUCGGUGAAAGGAUGGCCAUCGCACUCAUGGAGAUACUGUCCUCCCAUCAUCUCAGGGAUUUCAUGGAUCCCACAAUGGACAGCACAAAACACAUCUUAAACUACUUGAUGCCAAUCCUGGAGGAGGUGAAGCCGGAUCUCCACGACUUCAUGCACAGGGCGGAGCUGGGCACCAUCUUUGCCCUGAGCUGGCUGAUCACCUGGUAUGGUCACGUUCUCUCCGAGUUCCGUCACACUGUCAGGCUGUACGACUUCUUCCUGGCCAGUCACCCGCUGAUGCCGGUCUACCUUGCAGCUGCGCGUCACCAUCAGCACCUUCCAGGAUUUCCAGCAGGCCACGUGUCGGCAGCGCCCCGACGCCGUUCUCUGGCAGCAGUCCAAGGCCAGAGCUCGCUCACCGCACGGCCUUGCCAAGGCCACGGCUCCAGCGGGGGCCAACCAGCUGGUCAAGAUGGCGGUGUGGGGGCUGACCGCCACUCUGGGAGCGGCUGCCUUUGCCGUGGUCAACACCGCGAUGGAGUGGGCGCCGGAGUUUGUCCUGCAGCUGUUCCCGUAGCCGGGGAUGGAAUUAGAGGGGGACCCGUCUCUGGCCAGCACGCACCGACUCAAACCGAGCAGCGCCCUGGUGCAAAGUGUCAAAUAAGCCAAGAAACAAAGCAAGACGUGGUGCUUUUCAUCAUGCUUUCCAUUCUCAUGGCCAUCGGAGGACUAGCCAUUCACACACAUCUCCCCCCCAGAGCCAGAGGAACUCAGCGGCUCAGACAGCGCCUGUCGAGGGAAAUGGACAGACGAGGUGUUGGGCCGGGACCCUUCACCCACCCACCGCCUCCUGCUCUACCACAAGGGCUGGCAUGGAAGCAUUGGACAGCGUGGCCUACCGUGUUCCGUAGAUAUCCUUCAUUCUAUACUUCUGUCAGAUGUUCAGCCAAGGACAACUCGAGAGGUUUUAAAAUGGAAAGCCCUUGCCCUUGAAUGGGGGAUAGGAAGCGAGUCCGGCCUAACCAUGGUCAUUGGUCAUCGGCAAGCCGCAGAUGCUGACAAUCUGAAAUAAAAACAGACAUGGGCCGGAAACUCUGAGUAGCAAAGGCUGCAUCUGCAGGAGGAGAAACAAGAGUUAAGCUCUUGGACCUGGUGGAUCAUUCAUUCCUCUCUUUCCACAGAUGCUGCCUGACCUGCUGAGUGUUUCUGUCAUGUACUUGUACAUUCCACAUA